AACUUCUUAAGACACCACUUUGUAAGAAGAAGAUUACAACACAUGUUUUCUCUCAAUAAUCUGAAAGAAAUGCCCCCCACAGCGUCGUCUCUGUUCUCAGCCUACGCCUCCGUCGCCGGAUCCAUGAUGCUGGUCCGCUCCAUGGCCAACGACCUCCUCCCGCCGCCCCUCCGCUCAUACAUUUCCUCCAAACUCUCUUACCUUUUCACCCCCCUCUCCUCCAUAACUCUUGUCAUCGAAGAGUACUCCGGCGCUGCCUGCAACCAGGUCUACCAGGCCGCCGAGGUCUACCUUCCGACCAUCAACAUCAGCCCUUCUACCAAAAGCUUCCGUGUCCGAAAAACAAACCGGCAGAGGAGCAUCAGCCGCGCCAUGGACAAAAACCAGCAAGUCGCCGACACCUUCGAGAACGUCGAUCUGACAUGGCAGUACACGGUGACGGAGAAUAAAAAGCACGGGAACACACAUCAGUUCGAGCUCAGCUUCCACAGGAAGCACAGGGACAAAGUGAUAGGGUCCUACUUGCCGUACGUGCUUGCUAGGGCUGACGCCAUCAAAGAAGAGGAAAAGGUUGUGAAGCUUUACUCCAGCCAUUUGUGCUCCGAGUACGAUCGUUCGUACAGCAAGAGGAAAUGGGGUUCGGUGAAUCUGGAGCACCCGUCGACGUUCGACACGGUGGCGAUGGAACCGGAGAUGAAGAAGAUGAUUGUGGAGGAUUUGGACAGGUUUGUGAGGAGGAAGGAGUUUUAUAAGAAGGUUGGGAAGGCAUGGAAAAGGGGUUACUUGCUGUACGGUCCACCGGGAACGGGAAAAUCGAGCUUGAUCGCCGCCAUGGCUAAUUAUCUCAGGUUUGAUGUGUAUGAUUUGGAGCUCAGUGGCGUUCAGAACAACAGUGAUUUGAGGAAGCUGUUGUUGUCCACCACGAAUCGUUCGAUUUUGGUGAUUGAGGAUAUCGAUUGCACUGUGGAUUUGCAGAACCGGGAUAACUGGGAGGAUAAGUCUCAAGACCCUACACGUUCUACUUCUAACAAGUUGACGCUUUCGGGGCUACUGAAUUUCAUCGAUGGUUUGUGGUCGAGUUGUGGCGACGAGAGAAUUAUCGUGUUUACGACCAACCACAAGGAUCGGUUAGACCCUGCAUUGUUACGUCCGGGGCGAAUGGACGUGCACAUUCACAUGUCAUACUGCACUCCAAGUGGAUUCAAGGUCUUGGCUUCUAAUUACCUCGAUAUUCAUGAGGACAACCUUCAUAGUCUUUGCGGGGAAGUCGAAGGGUUGAUCAAGAGCACAGAGGUGACCCCUGCAGAGGUUGCUGAAGAGCUCAUGAAAAGCGACGAUGCUGAUGUUGCCCUCGGAGGACUUGUCAAUUUUCUCAAACGUAAGAGGAUCGAGAGCGAAAAAAGAAAGGAGGAGGAGGAGGCCAGAAAAGCGAAGAGGCCGAAAACGGAUCACAAUGCCAGUGAUGAAGGUGAAGCAGUAGAGUAACAGCUUGUUCAACUUGGUUUCUAAAUUACUAAAAAGAAUCAAAGUACAACGACAUGCAGUGAACUUGAAGGUUGUUAAUUAGAUAUAUAGUUAGUAAUUGAGAACUACUUAAUUAAGCUAAUUGAUUGGGUUUGAUAUAUGCUUUUUGGUAUGCAGUUUGAAACUGGAAAUAGUAGUAAACGUGGUAAUUGGUUUACUUUAACUUAGUCAA